ACCAAUCCAAGACCCAAACGAAAACUAUGAGUGACAGCCAGCCCACGGCAAAGGAGUCGAAUUUGAACUGCGAGUGUCCUGCUGCGUCAUCGACCACAUCGUUGAACGCCGCUGCUGCUGUUGCCGCUGCCGCUUGUCCCGCCAAUGUUGUGACCAUUCCAGUUCCCAUACUCCAAUCGGAGGGCACUUUUGUCUACAUCACCGUCAAGGGCUCGCUCCACGACUACACCUGUACCAUAUUCGGUUUGAACCAGGCCGAGGUACAGGCUCUGUCUAAGCGCUUCGACAGCGGCGUCAAGCAGUGUGUGAAUGGUAUUAUGGUGGCAGUGCCACCCAUGGUUAUGUUAAAUACGUUGGCCCAGCUAAGCUACAAAGUCGUCUGCAGUUGCGGUGAGGCCGAGAUCUGCUGGACCAUGCAACGUGAGGUCUAAACAUUGCCCAUUUCACCACAAG